UCUGAAAAAGUUGGCCGGUGAGAUUGACCAACUUUAUGAGUAGAUACGCAGCGUUUCCUUUACCCAGAGUCUGCACGCAAACUUAAAGGUAUCCUUUACACUGCUUCGUGGUCUCCUUCAUCAGCAUAAAUGCCGAACCUUUUGUCCAAAGCUCCGGAUUUGGUUGCCGUCUUCGUUCAUUGCUAGGCGAUGGACAGGCGGCGGAUCCAGGUGAGCGACGAAGAGUCUCAAGUUCCACGAGAAGAGAGCCGGAGGAGGAGGAGAAAGAAAGCCAUCACCUCGUCCUCCUCCAACUCCAUGGAUCAGAUCACCGUUGAGUUUGUGCUGCCCACGGCCACGCGGGGUGGGAACAGCCCUGACACUCUGCAGCUGGAUGUGGCUGGGAACUGGACCGUCGAACAGGUGAAAGCUCAGGUGUGGAUGAAAGCGGUGACUUCAAACCUAUGCCCUGAGUUCUACCAGCGGUUUUCUCCUGACCAUUGCAUCCUGCUUUACCAGAAGAAAGGAAAUGUUUGUGAGAUCUAUGACAAGCACCAGGUCUUCCAGACGCUAGACUGCAUUGGCUACUGGAGAGCCCUGAAGAAGGAUGUGGGGCGAAUUCAGCUGGCGGUCCGCCCGCAGCCCAUGCAGGAGUCCGUGGAGUACCAGUGCUACCUGAACUACCUGAUAGGCUACGACGUGACUGACGUCAGCAAUGUCCACGACGAUGAGCUGGAGUUCACGCGCAGGAAGCUGCUGACCCCCCGACGCAUAGAGCUGUCAGAUCGCGACCCAAAGCUCUACUCCAUGGACCCCUGGGUGACCCGCAAGCCACUGCCUGAGCACCUGCUCUCCAAGAUCAAUAAUGGUCACAUCCUGGUGGUAAUCCACGUGAGCAAGGCCAGCCAGACCAUCAAGGUCUCUAUUGAUGACACACCAACUCAGGUGUUGGCGAGCUUUUUUGCCAAAACAACAAACAAAAGAGCUUUGCUGGGCAUCUCUGACAACGUGUGUGAGGCUGACUUUGUGCUUCGGGUGUGCGGCAGGGACGAGUACCUGUAUGGAGAGAAGCCUCUGCAGAACUUUAACUGGAUCCGUCAGUGCCUGAAGAAUGGUGAGGAAAUCCACCUGCUUCUGGAGACGCCGCCUGAUCCUAAUCUGGAUCUGGUACGGAAGGAAGAUUGGGCCCAAGUGGAUGACUGCACUGGAGUUGCAGGUACCCAUGAGCAACUGACCAUUGAUGAGAAAGACCAUGAGCGUGUGUUCACCAUCUCCAUGUGGGACUGUAACAGGAAGUUCAGAGUGAAGGUGCUAGGGAUUGACAUCCCAUCCCUCCCCAAAGUCCCAGAGCUUAUUGUCUACAUCGAGGCCAGCAUCUUCCACGGGCAGCAGCUUUUAGCUCAGGAGAGAACCACCUCCAAAACUUUCAGUGAAGAGGUGCUGUGGAACUGCUGGCUGGAAUUUAGCAUUAAAAUCAAGGACCUACCUAAGGGAGCACGCCUUAACCUCCAGGUGAUCUGUGGGAAGCAACCCCAGACCCCAAAUUCCAAAGCAGGUUCCUACCAAGAGAAUACAGCAGGAAGCAGCAGUCUUGAUGGAAAGACCAAGAGUCGUCUCCUUUACUACGUGAACCUGCUCCUGAUCGACCACCGCUCAUUGCUCCGUCAGGGCGAGUUCAUCCUCCACAUGUGGAAGAUGCCAGAAAAGAGCGAGGAGAGCAGCAGUAGCAUCAACGCAGACAAGCUCACCUCAGCCACGAACCCAGACAAGGCCUCUUCCAUGGCCAUCGCCAUUUUGCUGGACAAAUACUGCUAUCCCGUGGUGCUACCCAAGAGCCGGGACGUGGGCCGGGACUGGGGGGUUGGGGGCGAAGAAGCAGAGGGAGGGGAGCGAGGUCAGAGAGAGAUGCCAAACCACUUAAAAAAACAGUUUGAGGCCAUCGUAGGUACCGAUCCCCUACAUCCCCUCAGCCCCGAGGACAAAGAACUGCUGUGGCACUUUAGACAUGAGUGUAUGCGUGACCCCAGAGCCUACCCAAAGCUGCUGGGCUCAGUCAGGUGGGGAAAACAGGAAGAUGUUUUGGCAACACACCGGCUGCUGGAGCGCAGUAGCGCAUGGGACACCAGUGGUCUGGAUGUUGGCCUGGCCAUGCAGCUGCUUGACUGCCACUACUCAGAUUCUCAGGUUCGCUCAAUGGCAGUGAGGAAGCUGGAGACACUGGAAGAUGAUGAUGUGCUCAGAUAUCUUCUCCAGCUUGUACAGGCAGUCAAGUUUGAGCCGUACCAUGACAGUGCUCUAGUCAGGUUCCUACUGAAGAGAGCUCUGAGGAGUAAGCGUAUUGGUCAUUUUCUCUUCUGGUUCUUGCGGAGUGAGAUCGCCCAGUCCAAGCACUACCAGCAGAGGUACGCUGUCCUGCUGGAGGCCUACCUCAGAGGCUGUGGGGAAAAUAUGCUGCAGGACUUCAAGAAGCAGGUGGAUGUGACGGAGGCUCUGCAGAAAGUCACCCGUGAGAUCAAGACCAUGUCUGCAGACAAGUACGAUGUUACGCCACAAGUGGUGUUUCAGUUGCGUCAGAAGCUGGAGAAUCUGCAGUCCUCCGGUCUGCCGGAGAGUUUCAGAGUCCCUUAUGAUCCAGGACUAAGAGCUGGACCGCUGCUGAUUGAGCAGUGCAAAGUGAUGGCAUCUAAGAAGAAGCCGCUGUGGCUGCAGUUCAGAAGGGCCGACACCACCACUCUGUCCAAAGACCCCAUAGGCAUCAUCUUCAAAGACGGUGAUGACCUCAGACAGGAUAUGCUCAUCCUGCAGAUUCUGCUCAUAAUGGAGUCAAUCUGGGAGACUGAAUCUCUGGAUCUCUGUCUUUUACCGUAUGGCUGCAUCUCCACUGGAAAUAAGAUAGGUAUGAUUGAAAUUGUUAAGGAUGCCACCACCAUCGCCAACAUCCAGCAGAGUGUUGUGGGAAGCACUGGGGCAUUUAAAGAUGAAAUCCUAUAUCAGUGGCUCCGGGACAAGUGUGUCAGCGAGGACAAGUUCCAGCAGGCUGUAGAGAGAUUUCUGUAUUCCUGCGGUGGAUACUGUGUGGCUACUUACGUCCUGGGUAUUGGGGAUCGCCAUAAUGACAACAUCAUGAUCACUGAAUCUGGGAAUCUGUUCCACAUCGACUUUGGUCACAUCCUGGGGAAUUACAAGAGUUUCAUGGGAAUCAGUAAGGAGUGGGUUCCCUUUGUGCUCACACCAGACUUCCUGUAUGUCAUGGGAACAUCAGGAAAGAAAAGUAGCCCCCACUUCCAGAAUUUUCAGGAUGUGUGCGUGAAGGCUUACCUCGCCCUUCGGCAUCACACCAACCUGCUGAUCAUUCUUUUCUCCAUGAUGCUGAUGACAGGGAUGCCCCAGCUGACUAGUAAGGAGGACAUCGAGUACAUCCGUGAGGCACUCACUGUUGGCCGUAGUGAGGAUGAGGCGCAGCGCCACCUGCUGGAUCAGAUAGAGAUCUGCAGGGAGAAAGGCUGGAUGGUUCAGAUUAAUUGGUUCGUUCAUCUGGUCCUGGGAAUCAAGCAGGGUGUGGAGAAACGGUCCACUUAGGACUUUUUAGGGCCCGAGCACGAACUGUGCGAAGGCCCUAUUGUAUUUGCUCUGUUUAUUAUUAUUAUUAUUAUUAUUAUUAGGGCCCGAGCACGAACUGUGUGAAGGCCCUAUUGUAUUU